AUGAAUUUCCUUACCGCAAGUAUUGUUCUCAAUAUCGCUGCAUUAUUCGAUACUAAAUUACAACCAACCGUUAAGUUUCAAUCAAAUUUUCUAGAUUUCAUUGAAAAUAUUAACAAAGUCGAGCAAUUUGAAAGCGUUUUUCUACUUCAAUCAUCCUUGGAACGUUAUUUUGAUGACAAUUUCUUACCUGGUAUUGGUAUUCCAUUGAUUCUUGGAACUGAAAAUUCUUCAUUUUAUUUGAAAGGAGUAUUCAAUGAAAAUCUUUUAACCAUUGUUCAAUUUGAUUCAAGUGAUUUACUUUAUCAACGACUUUUGGAAUAUCUACAACAUCUUCGAUUCUGUAAGACGAUUUUUGUACUGAAGAAUUCUUCAAGAAGUGAUUUCGAGCUGAGAAAGGUUUUCAAUUUUUGUUGGAAAAAUAAAAUGAUUAAUGUUAUAGCAGUUUUUCAAGACUUCUGGAUUUCUUCAGCGUACUACAUCUACAGUUAUACAAAUUUCGGAAGGUUUAAUAUUGAAGAAAACAUUUGGAACAAGAAAGAAGAAACAGAUGUCGUCUUUCCAAAUCGAAUGAGGGAUCUCUGUGGGAUAAGAUUGCCAGUUCUUUUUGGAGGACCAGAACCAGGAGUGAUUGUCUCAAAAAACGCUAACGGUGAUACAAUAUUUGGUGGAUAUAUGGGGCAGACUAUCCAUUCUUUUGCUAAAAAACACAAUGCCACAUUGCCUAAUCUUACUGAUAAAAAUUUAGUUACAGCAUAUUAUAUUCAUGAUUUGGUUGUAAAUGGAACAAUUGAGAUAUCAGGUGCUUUUAUGAUAAUUUUACGAGAUUCAAUUCAAUGGUUUUCGUAUCCAUAUAAUCAGUAUGAUUGGGGUGUUAUGCUGCCAAUAGAACCUGAAAUUCCAAUUUAUAAGGACAUGCGACGACGACGUUGGGUUGGUAAAAGCUGCGAAGCAACGCAACAGCACCACGAGCAGCAACAGCAGCAGGAUGCAUUUAAUUAA